AGUCACUUCCGCAUGUCACGGCAUACAGUUACAGUUCUCGAACAUUUGCUUUCGGUCCACGGCGACUUACCUCAAUACACCGGCGAUAGAGGAAGACCACCGGUCGAGUUAAGAAAGCAAAUCCUUAUUACGCUGUGGAUUCUUGGGAAUCCAGAAUGUUUACGCUCUGUUGCCGAUCGAUUUGAUGUUUGCAGGGCAACUGCGUACAGAGUCUACAGACGAGUUUGCAAAGCAAUAGUGAGGAACUUAAUGGAUGAGUUUAUCAAGUUUCCAACUGGUCUAAAAGCCCAAGCGGUGAUGGAGGCCUUUGAAGAGAAAAAGGGUUUUCCGGGUGUUUUGGGGGCUAUUGAUGGCACCCACAUACCAAUCAAAGCACCACAUAACAAUCAUGAACAAUACAUAAAUCGCAAAGGUUUCUUUUCCGUCCAACUACAAGUCAUUUGUGACCCGGAUUUAUUCAUAACCGAUGUUUUCUGUGGUUACCCUGGUUCAGUACACGAUGCUCGCGUGUUUCGUAAUUCUCCGAUCUGCCGAGAAGUUGAAGUGAACCCAGACAAUUAUUUUCCUGGCAACUCCCACAUUUUGGGAGACGCAGCAUAUCCCUUGAAGAGGUGGCUGUUGACCCCAUUUCGAGACAACGGACGUUUGACUGCUCAACAAAGACGUUACAAUACUGCCCACAGUUCCACUAGAAUGGUGGUUGAGAGGUCCAUAGGGCUUUUUAAGAACAGGUUUAGGAAGCUAAAAACAAUGAUGGAUGUUGACAAAAUUGAGGACAUACCGGAAAUUAUUGUAUCCUCUUGCAUCUUACACAACAUUUGCAUUAUUGAAGAUGACAUCGAUGAUUUUUUAGAUGACUCUAAUGAUGAUGAUGACAAUGAUGACAAUGAUGAUGACAUCUUUCCACCAGGUGUAGGAGCAGUUGAUAAGAGAAACAUGAUAAUGAGACUGAUCCCAUAAACCUAGCAUUUAUAAGUGGUUUAUGUAUUGAUACCUUU